AUAUAAGGGAAGAAAAUAAUGAGAAAUUCCACGGCAGUAACAGAGUUUAUCCUUCUUGGGUUGACAAGUGACCCACAAUGGCAGGUUGUACUUUUCAUAUUUCUUCUUGUUACCUACAUCCUAAGUGUCACUGGGAACCUGAUCAUUAUUGCCCUCACCCUUUUAGAUCCCCAUCUGCAGAGUCCCAUGUACUUCUUCCUUAGGAAUUUCUCAUUUCUAGAAAUAUCUUUCACGUCUGUCUGCAUCCCCAGAUUCCUUGUCACCAUUGUGACUGGUGACAGAACCAUUUCCUAUAAUGACUGUGUGGCUCAAUUAUUUUUUUUCAUCUUCUUGGGGGUGACAGAAUUUUAUCUUCUGGCUUCCAUGUCCUAUGACCGCUACGUAGCCAUCUGCAAACCUCUUCAUUACACAACCAUCAUGAGCAGCAGAUUCUGUAUCCUUCUUGUCUUUAGCUCAUGGCUUGCAGGAUUCCUGAUCAUCUUUCCACCAGUAAUCCUUCUGAUGCAGUUGGAUUUCUGUGCCUCCAAUAUAAUUGAUCACUUUAUCUGUGACUCUUCUCCGAUUCUGCAGCUUUCUUGCACAAAUACUCACUUUCUAGAACUCAUGGCAUUCUGUUUAGCUGUGGUGACACUCAUGGUCACCUUGACAUUAGUUAUUCUCUCCUACACAAAUAUCAUCCGGACAAUUCUGAGAAUUCCUUCUGUGAAUCAAAGGAAAAAAGCCUUUUCCACUUGUUCCUCCCAUAUGAUAGUUGUCUCCCUCUCUUACGGUAGCUGCAUCUUCAUGUACAUUAAGCCUUCUGCAAGGGAAAGGGUGACUUUAAACAAAGGAGUAGCUGUGCUCAAUACCUCAGUGGCUCCUCUCUUGAAUCCCUUCAUAUACACGCUAAGGAAUCAGCAAGUGAAGCAAGCCUUCAAGAGCCUGGUUCAGAGGAUGGUUUUUUCUUCAAAUAAACAAAUGUAA